AUGUUGUCCAGAUUGUCAAUUAGAAGUGCAAGAAGUCUUGGUUUAGCACAAGCUACCAGACCUAUCUCUGCCACCGUUCCAGCUUUCAAGUCCACAUAUGAUUCUCCAGAUUUCACCCACUACUUGAACAACUCUAAGGGCUCUUCCGACAAGUCCAGAGACUUCACCUAUUUCAUGGUUGGUUCCUAUGGUGUGUUGGGUGCUGCCGCAGCCAAGUCCACCGUUGAAGCUUUUUUGACUACCAUGUCCGCCUCUGCAGAUGUUUUGGCCAUGGCUAAGGUCGAAGUCAAGUUGGGCGCUAUCCCAUUAGGUAAGAACGUCGUCGUCAAGUGGCAAGGUAAGCCAGUUUUCAUCAGACACAGAACUCCAGGUGAAAUCGAAGAGGCCAACGAAGUCGACAUCUCCAAGUUGAGAGACCCACAAGCCGACUCCGACAGAGUCAAGAACCCAGAAUGGUUGGUCAUGUUGGGUAUCUGUACCCACUUGGGUUGUGUCCCUAUCGGUGAGGCCGGUGAUUUCGACGGUUGGUUCUGUCCUUGUCACGGUUCCCACUACGAUAUCUCAGGUAGAAUUAGAAAGGGCCCUGCUCCAUUGAACCUGGAAGUCCCACAAUACGAAUUCGCAGAUCCAGAAACUUUGGUUGUUGGUUAA